AUGAGAUCUAUCACCAGUUCACCAGAAGUUUUAGAACGAUACGUAUCUGAUGUUGAUUCAAGCGACAGUGAAGAUUUUGAUCAUAAAGGUAAAGAAAAAGAAUCAGGUUUAUCUUACCUUAGUAAAUGUAAACAACGAGAUUCAGAUCCAGUCAAUGAUAAACCGAGGAAAAUGUUUAAUCAUUCCUAUGGAUGUCUUAAAUAUGAUUAUAAUAUUAUCCAAGAUUUAGUCAAGGGUAUUAAAGACUCUGUCUUAACAAGUAACAACUUACACUAUGAUUACUCCAAGCUUUCCUUGGAACAAAUUGAAGUAUUUAACUUUUUCAAAAGUCAACUUGACCUUGCCUCAAGUAAUUCCAAUAUUGGUGUUAGGCGGGUUAUUAUCCAAGGGAAAGCAGGCUGUGGUAAAAGUUAUCUUAUUCAUUGCAUGAAACAGCUUGCAUAUGAACAUGGUGGCCCUGACUCUUGUGUUGUUUUAGGUCCCACAGGUGUUUCUGCUAAAAAUAUUGGUGGUUCUACUAUCCAUUCUUUUUUCAGACUUCCAACUAGACAAAGUUAUUUUAAAAGAUUAGUGGGCCAAGAGUUACACUCUUUUCAGGAAAAGCAUAAGAACCUGUCUGUUGUUUUUAUUGAUGAAUAUCCCAUGGUUGGUUGCAAGCUUUUAGCCAUGAUUGAUCAACGUUGUCGAGAACUUAAAGAUUCCAGUUUACCUUUUGGCAAUCUAAUCAUAUAUUUGAUUGGUGAUAUCUAUCAAUUGAAAGGUGUUGGUGACAAAGCUUUGUAUGAUAAUAAUAAUCCAGACCAGUGGACUUCUUUAGCUCAACUUGGAAAAGCUGCAAUCUCUUCCUUUCAAAAAGCAUUUCUUUUGACUGAACCACAACGCUAUACUGAUUACACCUACAGUAAUUUUUUGGAUCGUUUAGCGGUUGGUAUGUGUACUGAAGAAGAUUGUCAAAUGAUUAAUUCUAGACACAUCUCAAGGUUGACUGAAUGUGAGUUAAAAAAGUUCGAACAUGCUAUUAGAAUUUGCUCUAUAAAUGAGGAUGUGAAAGAAUUUAACAAUGAAGAAUUGAUGAAGGUGGAUACUGGUAUUGUUCGAAUUAAUGCCCAGAAUAAUUGUAGUACUGCCUUUAAGUCAGUUGAUACUUAUGCAAGUGGGUUAGCAAAUGUUCUGUAUCUUGCUAUUAAUUCUCGUGUUAUGUUGAAGCAAAAUCUUAAUGUAUCAGCAGGACUUGUCAAUGGUUGUUUGGGCUAUGUCACAGAUAUUUUAUAUGAUGAAGGCGAGAAACCACCAGCUAUACCUAGGUUUGUAAUUGUCAAAUUUGAUAAUGUUGAUGGUUAUCCAUAUUUAAACGGUGGUGUUCCAAUACAAGCCAUACAUUGUUCUUGGUCAAUCAACAACAUUAGCUGUUCUAGAGUUCAACUCCCUCUAUCCCUAAGCUGGGCCUGUACUGUGCACAAAUCGCAAAGCUUGACAGUUGAAUUAUGCCAGAUGAAUCUUGGUGAAACUGAUUUUGAAUUAGGUUUAACUUAUGUUGCCUUAUCCCGUGUUAAAAAUUUGUCAUCUCUUGUUCUUAUGAAGCCAAUUUCUUUGGAUCAUUUAAAUUGUGUUAAACGUUCAAGAAUGUUUGUUGAAAGGGAAAAUUUUCUUGAAUGGUUGAGACAACUAAAUUAG